CACACCACUCCACAGCAGUAGCAAGAGGGAUAGAGCAAGGCCACACACACACACACACCACUAGGCUAGGUUAGCCUUUUAAUCGUCGUCGAGAAGCAAGAAGGGCGCGCACGCAAGCAGGCAAGCAAGAAGAGAGCCGAUCGACCGAGAGCUAGCACGCGAUGGCGAGGUCUUCCAAGAUGAUGGUGGCGGCAGCUCUGCUGGCCUUGGCCCUGGCCGUGUCGACCGCCGAGGCGAGGAACAUCAAGACCACGACGACGGAGAAGAAGGACGACGCGGUGGUGCAGCCGCAGACCUUCCCGCCCUUCGACCGCCUCGGCGGCGGCGCGUCCCCGGCGUUCGGCGGCCUCCCCGGCGGCAGCAUUCCUGGCAGCAGCAUUCCCGGGUUCAGCAUGCCCGGCAGCGGCAGCAGCCUACCCGGGUUCAGCUUGCCCGGCAGCGGCAGCAUGCCCCUCUUCGGCGGCGGCUCCCCGGGCUUCAGCGGCUUCGGCGGCAUGCCCGGGUCGCCCACCGCCGGCUCCGUCCCCGAGCACGCCAACAAGCCCUGAACGCCAACAAGCGUGGUAGUAGAGUGGUGCUACUGUUACUGUAGUACGUCGUCGUCUUCAUGCAUGCGUGGUUCGUGGUUUCCCCUAGCUCCAUACGAGCAGUAGUUGGGCCUUGCACGUACCGUACGUCUAGCUAGCUAUAUAUAUAUAGCUUGUGUUCUACUGCCUUUUAGUUUAAUUACCUGCCUGCAUUGGAGAGUUGGAUCUGUUUCAUUUGGUGGUGUUUGCUUUACUAUUAGGUCAGUAUCUGUUUGUGGAGACUUGGUGUUUAAUUUAUUUAGCCGUUUGUGACUGGUUGUAGCUAGCGGUGGUGCGGUGGUGAUGUUCUUGAGGCAUGAAUAAUGCUACAUGCAUGUGAUGUAUCCAUGUUUUGUGUGUGGUAAACCUGUUGUUUGUAUAAGCUGUAUGCAUGGGUCUUUAAUUUGUUUUUGAAGCAGGGUUCACGUUAUUAAUUUGUC